AUGGUGCGUGUGGACCGGUCCUUCACAGGGACCAACAGGAGAGCUGUGCAGGAGCACCUAGAGCUCAUCACAGACGCAGUCUGGGCUCACAUCAUCGUCCUGUUCAACUUUGGGGACUGGCUGGGAGACACAACCAUCGAGCAGCACAUUGAGAGUGAGGGGGAGGCCCUCCAGUGGCUUGUGGAGAAGUGUGGCAACAGGUAUCAUGUCCUCAACAAUAGAAGCAACUCAGGAUUUCAGGUUACGGAACUGAUGAGAAAGAUUGAGGAACUGAUGUCAUUCAACAGCAGUAGUUACUGUAAGAUUGAGGGUGGGAUUCUGCAGGAGAAGAGGAGGGAAGAACAGAAAAGAGCAGGGGAGAGACUGACGAGGAGGCAGAAACAAAGAGAGACUGCCAGAUCUCUAUUAGGGGAGCUCUACUGUCCCUCAGAGCUGAGAAUAAUGCUGCUGAGUGGCCGCAACACAGGCAGGAGCUCUGCUGGAAACACCAUCCUGGGCAGAGAGCACUUUAAAGUAGGGUGCCAUGCUACUGACUGUGUGGAAGGACAAGGAAAGGUCAGGGGUGAGACUGUGACAGUUUUAGACCCACCAGGCUGGCUGUCAGUGGGUCCUGGCUCCCUGAUGUCUCCCUCAGCCUCUGGGGUAACUGUGGUCCUGGUGGUUGUGAAUGUGAGCUCCUCCUUCAGCCACACUGUCUGGAGAACAGCAGAAAAACACCUGGAGGCACUCGGAGAGAAAGUAUGGAAUAUAACCAUGGUCCUAUUCCCUUUGGGGACUGGCUGGGGGACAUGA